UUUUUUUGGAGAAAUGGAAAAGGAAGGUUUAGGGCUUGAAAUUACAGAGCUGAGGUUGGGCCUUCCGGGUGGUGGUGGUGGUGGUUGCAGUAAUCCAUCUGCAACGGAGAAGAAGAAGAGGGUCUUCUCUGAGAUCUCCAACGAAGAUGAGAACAGCUCAAGCAGCCAGAAAAAGAUCCAGAACAACAAGAGUCAAAUCGUGGGGUGGCCACCGGUUUGCUCGUACAGGAAGAAGAGCAAUGCUGCUGCUGCUGCUGAGUCUCAUGAAACUGGGAAACUGUACGUGAAGGUGAGCAUGGAUGGAGCACCUUUUCUGCGUAAAAUCGAUUUAAAGACUCAUAAAGGGUACUCUGAUCUUGCCCUUGCCUUCCAACAUCUCUUUGCUUCCUAUGGCAUUGGUGGCUUGUGGAAGGACUCAGAUUGCUCAGAAUAUAUUCCCAUUUAUGAAGAUAAAGAUGGAGACUGGAUGCUAGUUGGUGACGUUCCCUGGGAGUUGUUUACCGAGUCAUGCAAAAGGUUGAGGAUAAUGAAGAGAUCGGAUGCCAAAGGUUUUGGAGUGGAGUUCAAACUGGCUGAUGAGGAAACACAUAUAUGUUGA